UUUCACUCUUUUUCUUCUCUGGUUGACACCCUGUCCUGUCUCUCCUUCAAAUUCCUCUUUCUCUUUCUACAACCCAACUUCGUUAGGUCAGUUUUUUUCGCAUAAUGUCGGGCAAAAGGAAGAGGAAGUUGAAAUCGUUGAGUGAUACAAUUACUGACAACAGAAGAGCAAAGGUGGAGGUGGAAAAUGAAAAUUUGGAGCUGCAAACCUGGUCUGAUCUCCCUCCCGAACUCUUAGAAUUAAUAUUGUCCCGUUUAACCCUAGAUGAUAAUGUUCGUGCUUCAGUUGUUUGCAAGAGUUGGCAUUCUGUUGCUACAGCUGUACGUGUGGUAAACCAAUUGCCAUGGCUAAUGUAUUUUCCAAAAUUUGGUAACUGGUAUGAAUUCUAUGACCCUGCGCAGCGUAAGACUCAUUCCAUUGAGUUGCCAGAGUUGAAUGGAUCUAGAGUUUGCUAUACAAAAGAUGGUUGGUUACUCCUAUACCGGCCCAGAACUCACCGUGUGUUCUUCUUCAAUCCCUUUACUCGGGAGAUUAUCAAACUGCCAAGAUUUGAGAUGUCAUACCAGAUAGUUGCCUUCUCUUGUGCUCCAACAUCAGCUGACUGUGUUCUGUUUACUGUUAAGCAUGUUAGUCCUACUGUUGUGGCCAUUAGCACAUGUCACCCUGGGGCAACAGAAUGGCACACUGUUAGUUACCAAAACCGAUUGCCCUUUGUGAGUAGCAUAUGGAAUAAGCUUGUGUUUUGUAAUGGACUCUUUUAUUGUCUGAGUCUCACAGGUUGGCUAGGGGUUUUUGACCCAUCUGAAUGCACUUGGAAUGUUCUUUCAGUACCUCCACCCAAAUGCCCAGAGAAUUUUUUUGCCAAAAAUUGGUGGAAGGGGAAAUUUAUGACAGAGCAUGAGGGAGACAUAAUAGUAAUUUAUACAUGUUCUAGUGAAAAUCCCAUUAUUUUUAAGUUAGAUCAGACAUUAAUGGAAUGGGAAGAGUUGAAAACACUGGAUGGAGUAACUCUUUUUGCUAGUUUCUUGUCUUCUCAUUCAAGGACUGACCUCCCUGGAAUAAUGAGAAACAGCAUCUACUUCUCUAAAGUUCGUUUUUAUGGAAAGCGUUGCAUAUCAUUCUCUCUUGAUGACUAUAGAUACUAUCCUCGUAAGCAGUGGCAUGAUUGGGGAGAACAAGACCCGUUCGAGAACAUAUGGGUUGAACCACCAAAGGACUUCUCUGGGUUCACAUGAAGAAUUUUAGUGAAACAGGUAAGUUUUCCCAAAUCAGUAAUGUAUAGAUAGCUUAAUAGCUAGCUUGUCGAUAUCCUUUAGUAAGUAAUUAUGUAUGUUGUAACAUUUCAUCUAUGUUAUUGAUGUUUUUAUUAAUUAAUUAUCAGUGUUUGCUUCAUGCAAAUUGUAAAGCUAUCCAGCAUGUGCUCAUUCAAUCAUUCUUAUUCAUUUUAAGUUAUAGGAUUUAAUUUUUAUUCCCUGGCAUCUCUUUAAAAUAGUUUAACUAUGGCAAUAUCUAUCUAUGAAGUCAAAUUUUCUAAUAAUGUAUUGAUGUGUCACACUUGAUUGAAUGAUAGAAUAAAAACUUUGACUGAAAAGAGAGCUAAACUUAUAACACAAGUUUCAUUCAAUUAUUAAAGGGAUUUUUCCUAAAUGGUUACGUGUGUUAAUACUUCAUAGUAUCUUUAGUUUUAGUUUCACUCAUAAGUAUAAAUGAUACUUUGCAUUUAUUGCAUUCGUUUACAUAAAAAUUAUUGUAAUUUCUAUUUAAUAAUUUUGAAAUGGCUUGGUUACUGCCAAAGUUUUACAAAUGACCAUGGUCAUUACUGGCUUUGGUAAAGAGAAUAGGGACUAGAUGUUAAAUUAUGAAAUAUAAUAUUUUUUGUAUGUGUUUUGCAUGCAUCUUGGCUGCAGCUUUGAAAUUUUUCAAAAACCCAAAGAUGUCCUAAAUUUUAACAUUGCAUUAUUGCAGAACCAUGUAUGCAGCGAAAUAAAAAAAGUCUAUAAAUGGGUUUAGAAAAACUGAUUGUGCCUCUUCCCAUUUUUGAACCUUCGUUUCCCUGACUAUGUUAUUGUGCAACCGAACCCACUGCUCUCUAGUGAACUGCCAGUGUUUUUUGGUCAGUUCUGGUGCUUUUUUGCCAAACCGCCAUUCUUUGUCCCAUUAUUUUGCAUUUUCAGCCACGUGCUUUAGUUUCCCCUUUGUUUUUCUAUUGUUUUGCAAGCUGUUCUCCUCUUACUAUUGUUCGUGAGCAAGUGUACUUGCUAAAUAGUAAUAAAAGUGAUUCUCAAAUUGAGUUUCUAGAAUAUCAUCUCACAAAGAUUAUUUUCAAUUAUAAAAAAUUUUGUAAUUUAAUUGUUUGAAUUUAAAUAAUGUGUAAUAAAAUAAAAUAAUGAUAUGAAAUAAUUAAAUUAAAAGGUAAUUAAAAGAUUAAGAAAACAACAAAACUUCUAACAAGCAAAAUAUUCAAGAUGAACUCAGAGCUUUUAGUUUCAUCUUUAUACUUUUUUCACUUUUAGUUUAAUUCCAAUCCCAAUUUUUCUAUGAUUGUUAACCAUGGUGUGUGUACUUCCUUAGAAGCUCUCUGUACAACUCUCAUGUCUCAUAUAAGGAUUCUAACUUAUAUUGUUAAAAGUUAGAAAUUUUUGCAAUGAUUUUUGUAUAACGAGGUGGGAGAAAGUAUUUCUCCAAGAACUAUUAAGUUAGAUCAUCCCAUGUCAUGAUGGAAUGGUUGGUACCAUCGAGAAUUAUACUUUUACCUUUUCCGAGAUAGAGAAUAAAUAGAGGCGAAUCUUAAUAGCAUUUGACACCAACACCAUUGUAUUUUAUGGUGUUUAUGAGCCAGAGAAAUUUUGUUAGACGAAGGUUAGGAUCUUCAUUAGGUGAACUUCCAAACUGCUAAAAAUUAAUUGGCCUAAUUAAAUGUAACAUAUUCCUCCUACUAAACUUGGCAUCCUAGCCCGUAUCCUUAACUGAUCAUCUUAGAAGAAUCCAACUUAUGAAUUUGAAUUUGACCUGCUUAGAUUACUAUUGGUAAUUGUAUCUUUUUAAUUUUUUCUUGUCUCCUUAUUUUUCUGAAACCGGUUCUCAUGUACAAAAAUUAUAACAUAUAUCAGCAGUCCAAUAUCUCCCUUACUCAUCAGCCAAACACUUCUGCACGUGUUUUUGAUGGGUAAAUGGUUAUUUAGUAGUUUGUCAAAGAUGAUUUUCUGUUCUUUGUGCCAACCUUGGGACUGGCAUAGUGCAUUUUGUCAAAAAAUAAACCGUUUUGUUAAACAGGCAUUUUCAUACAACAGUCAUAGUGCAUUUGUGAUUAUUCAUCCAGUUCAUGAAAAUUUUCCAUGUUGCAGUUUCAGAGUUUCUUGUUACCAUACUUUUGGGCUUCAGCAGUUCAUGAGUGAAGCUCAUUUGGAAGCAUGCCGAAGGCAGCAUCUUUACUAUAUAAUAGGAGGCUACUAAUAUGUGAAGAAUCACAUCUGUUGGGGUAAGCUAAGACUUAACCCCUUUGAUUAUCUUGUCUCUGCUGAUCUAGAAUUUUUAAGAUUUUUCCCAACAAAUUAGUGAUGUAGUGCUUAUGCAGAACAAUUGGAGUUCAUGCUAGAAUUACCCACAGAUUUAUUGACAUAUUUAUUUUGGGCAUAUGAUCUAUAGAUUUAUUAU